AUGACUGAAGCUGCGAACGAAUUAGAGAACCCGUUGAUUCCCGUCACGGAGGCUCUCAUUCUUGACUAUCCAAGCAACUACAUCCUCGAAAUUGCUGGAUACAGAUUUCGGGUUAGCUGGUGCUUUCCAGCUACAUUCAAGGGCGUGAGGGCAAAGAUCAUAGAGCAACACGCCCAGGCGCUUGAAGAAGCCCGCAAUUAUGUUCCAAGCAGCAGCAAGGAAACAAUCCGCCCCACGACCACCCAGACACGUUACAUCACAAGACACAAAUCGAAGACAGCGCCGCCAGUGCAAGAGAACGCGGCCUACCGUACCCGGCUCGACGCUGGCUCGUUUGGCAUGGUUUAUUCAAGCGCGGACAGGGCAACCGGUCAAUCAAUAGCCGUGAAAGCCAUCAACCUCUCAAAAGACAACAUAGAGGAGGAAAGAGCUCAGGUCAACGCAGAGCUGAAAUUACUGAACCGUUGUAAUCACGCUCACAUCAUCGAAUUGCUAGGCUUUUCAGACUUGAUGCGUGACGCGAUCGACUGCUACAUGCCUUUACGCGCAGGAAACCUGUUCGGCCUCGCCACAAAACGUAAACUUGUGGCCACGCCGCUGUACAGGCAGGUCCUUCGUCAGAUUCUCAGCGCUCUGGACUUUCUCGAGGUGAAUAGGAUCUGCCACCGCGACGUGAAGCCGAACAACAUCUUGUACGAUGUCGUCGACUCGGAGAAGGGGCUCUACCACUUCCAGCUCGGCGACUUUGGCUCGGCGAGCUACGUCAACGCACCCAGGGCGGUGUGUGGCACGUGCAUCUACUGGGCACCCGAAAUCUCCAAGGGCGAGUACCAAGGCUUCGGCGUGGACAUUUGGGCCCUGUACGUGAGCCUGGUGCACGUCCAGCAGGGCAGUGGCUGGCCCGGCCCUCCACCCACGCCGGCGGAGCAAGUACACGCGAUGGUGCGCAGCAACGACUACUUCCCCGACUGGCGCGUAAUGGCUAGGGAGGACCCGCGCUAUCGGGCGACGGCGGCACAGUGCCUACUCGAAUGGUUCAACGGCGAUGGUCUGAGCCAGCCUGCGUCGCAGGUCUGCCCAAUACCGGUCCUGGAAGGGGAGCUGCCGCUGCCGCGCUGGUCGAUGCGCCACGGAGAAUCUCUUCUCACUAUGGAGCCGAGCGUCGCCGGUCCGUCCGCAGCCGACGGACAUAAGGGUCACCCCGAAGUCAGCGCGCAGGACCGCCGCAAGGGCAAGCAGUCGGUGCGCAGACCCGCCGUCGCCGUCUCCGCCGCUGGUCCGACCGCGGCCGAUGGACGUGAGGAACACUCCGGAGUCGCCGCACGGGACCGUCGCAAGGGAAAGCAGCCGGUGCGCAAAACCCGCGCACCCGUCGGCGCGGGCGACCGCAAGCGAAAGCUGGCCAGGCUGCGGUCCCCAUCGCCUAUGCAGUCAGUCGUCUGGGACUUCCCCUCGGCUGCGCAAAACGCGGCGGCUCUCCACCCAUCGACCGUGCGCUCCAUUGAGGACGUGGUCAUGGGUGGGAUGGAGGAGGACGUCAUGUCAGUCGGGGGACAUAACUUGCGGCCUCGACGCUGA